CACUAGCCACAAGCCCCGGCUGUUCCUCAUGGAGGUCUGACGGCUCCACAACCCGCACACACUCGUGAGUACCUGAGCGCGUGAGAGGCAGACUAUGGGAUGUUUGAAGCAUCCACUUGUGAUGUCAUCACCUGACAUGUUUUUAUACUGAUGACGAGGCGAGCUUCACCUGUGUGUUUGUGGUGUCAUGUGAUCAGGGUGUGACACAGAGCAGAGCAGGGACAUUUUUGGAGGGUUCUCCUUCCUCCUCUCCUUCCUCUCCUCCUCCCCCCCCCCCCAAGGAUGACUCUGCUGGUGCACCUCCUCUCUUGUGUGUUCGGGCUGGGUUCCUGGGUGGCGGUGAACGGUGUGUGGGUGGAGCUCCCUCUGCUGGUGACCUCCCUCCCUGAGGGGUGGCUCCUCCCCUCUUACCUCACCCUCAUCAUCCAGCUGGCCAACCUGGGCCCCCUGCUGGUGACGCUGCUGCACCGCCUGACCCCCGGCCGGCUCCACGAACCCGCCGUCAUCUCCUGCCUCCUCUGCCUCGGCGUCACCUCCUGCAUCCUGCUGGCCUUCUUCUGGGACCGCACCACUGUGGUGGGGGGGGGGCCGCACAGCACCGCCUUCUUCGUCCUCACCUUCUUCCUGUCUCUGGUGGACUGCACCUCCUCCGUGACCUUCCUGCCCUUCAUGAUGCAGCUGCCAGAAGAGUACGUCAGCAGCUUCUUCGUGGGGGAGGGUCUGAGUGGCUUCCUACCCGCCGCCGCGGCUCUGGCUCAGAGCGUCGGCUUCACCAAGUGUGUGAACUCUUCUUCAGGGAACAUGACGGAGCACAGCAUCAUGCAGACGGAGUACCUCCCCCCUAGCUUCUCCACCGAGGUGUUCUUCUUCCUGCUGGCGGCCAUGAUGUGCCUGAGUCUCGCUGCCUUCAUCGCUCUGAACAAACUCCCCCGGACGGUACCGGGUUCCACGGAGAACCUGGUGCCGGACGCAGGCUCCAUCAGCUCAGGACUGGAGAACCCGGGAGCAGAGGGGGCGACAGGGGGAGGAAACGGCCCGGGUGAGGGGGAGGCUCCGGGGAAAGUGAACCCCGACCUCUCGCUGCAGCAGCUGAUCUUCAUCUACGUGACGGUGGUCUGGGUGAACGGCGCCACCAACGGGCUGCUGCCGGCGGUGCAGACCUUCUCCUGUAAGCCGUACGGGGACCUGACCUAUCACCUGUCCACAGCGCUGGCUGCUGUCGCCAACCCAGCCGCCUGCACCGUCGCCAUGUUCUUCCCGAACAGGUCUCUGCUGUUCCUCGGGCUGCUGACGGCGCUGGGCUCGGGGUUCGGAGGAUACAACAUGGCCAUGGCUGCCAUGAGUCCCUGUCCUCUGAUGCAGGGGUCUGCAGCAGGGGAGACCAUCAUAGUGUUGUCAUGGCUCCUCUUCACGGGGACCCUCUCGUACGUGAAGGUGAUGGUGGGGGUGAUCCUGAGGGCCCGGGGCCACAGCGCCCUGGUAUGGUGCGGAGCGGCGGGGCAGGUCGGGUCCCUGAUCGGCUCCGUCACCAUGUUCCCACUCGUCAACGUCUACAAACUGUUCACCUCCGCCGACUUCUGCAGCACCAGCUGUCCGUCCUGACCGAGGAGAGGAGAAGAGAGUAGAGGAGAGGAGAGGAGUCAAUUAGCUUAGCUUAGCAUAGAGACUGGAAACAGAGGGAAACUGCUAGCAUCUGCGUACAGAUCAAACAGUACUCUAUCACUCUGAGGCGCUGGAGCCUGAUGUGUCUCUCUUAACGAGGCCCUAUCAAACUCUCUGUGCUGUUCCCCCUCCUGUAGUUCUAUAGGUGUUAGUGCAUGUAAAUGGUCUGCAGAGGCUCCUUUUGUUUACUUCUGGGACAUACUGACAUCAGCAUGAACAAUCACGCUCCUAUUGGCUAGCGCUGCGACACAUUGUCAUCACAGCAUCAGCAGGAGAGGGACUCUUUAACACUUGGACAUCAGUUCUGUUUCCUAUCACUCUGUUUACGAUCAACGUUCCUGUGAGUGGUUUGAUGCGCUGUGAUGGAAGAGCAGUUUAUAAACUUGUAUCGACAUUAAAUAUCAAAAGCUUCAGUCCAAUAAAAGCAUGUAACCAUGACCCACCACUA